AUGUGGUUGUAUAUUUUACUAAGUGUUAUUUGCAUUGAAACUUUCGUAGUCACGGGUUCUAAUAGCACUGGAGUUACAAACCACGUGUGUUCACUGAAGCAAUUUCAAUGUGCGAAUGGGAAAUGUAUACCAUUAUCGUGGGUAUGCGAAGGUGACAACGAUUGCGGCGAUAACUCGGAUGAAAAUAUCGAGGAAUGCAAAAAAGAAUAA